AUGACAACAUAUCCUACCCUCUGUGUGUACGGUCUCAACCACAGCCUCAGUUCGGUCCUCAACCGGCCUCAGCCACAGCCCUCAAUUACGGUCCUCAACCACGGCCUCAGCCACAGUCCUCAACCGGCCCUCAGCAGCCUCAGUACGGUCCUCCCAGCCCCUCAACCACAGCCCUCAGCCAGUCCUCCUCAGCCUCAGCCACAGCCUCAGUGCGGUCUCAACCGGCCUCAGCCACAGUCCUCAACCACGGCCUCAGCCACAGCCCUCAGUACGGUCCUCAACCGGCCCCUCAGCCACAGCCUCAGUACGGUCUCAACCACGGCCUCAGCCACAGCCCUCAACUACAGUCCUCAACCACGGCCUCAGCCACAGCCCUCAGUACGGUCCUCAACCCGGCUCAGCCACAGUCCUCAACCGGCCUCAGCCACAGCCCUCAAUACGGUCUCCAACCACGGACCUCAAUUACAGUCCUCAGCCACGGCCUCAGCCACGGUCCUCAACCACGGCCCUCAGCCCGACCUUGAUUAUGGCCUCAACUACGGCCGUAAAUUAUAA